GGAUUCGCGGGCUUCGCCUUUAGGCUUUCACCUGGCCGGCUGCAACCGUUAUUUUUUCCAAGAAGAUAGCGGGAACACAUGCGGCUGUUUUACGCGGUUUACCACGGCCUAUUGUAUCUGGUUUCCUGGAGAGUUUUACUGUCGACAAGUUCUGCAGAUUCUGUUUGGCAAGCAGUAGAGACACUCAACAACAAGAGAUGGCCAUGGAACAGAAAUUAACAAUGCGGGUUAUCAUCUCCGAGGGUGAUAUAAGAAAGAUGACAAUGAACCCUCGACCAUACAUACUUGAAGAUUUGAUUAGCUGGCUCAAAGGCACUCUCCAAACAAACUACAAUUUUACCUUACAGUACCAAGAUCCUGAAUUUAACAAUGAAUUAUGCAACCUCACAGACUUGUCUGAGCUCCCAGAUAAACCAACGGUCAAAAUCAUCCCUAUCAUUGAGCUUGUACCAGUCCCUGGAGGUUCUGAAUUAUGUAGUGACACAGGCAGCCAAGCAGACACCGAGAUCCUGUCCAUCUCUUUGGAUAGAAGUUCUCAGUGGCCAGCGGUAUUUGAAAUUCCAAAAUUUCAAGUCGAUGUAGAUUAUAGACUACGCCAAGGUAACCUGCAGUAUUUCAGGGAUGCAACCUUUCUUAAAGUCACAAAAGAACUAAAGCAUGACAUACUCGAGAAAUUGGCUGAGACCAUGUAUGCAUUUAAAGCAUACCCAACAAAGGAAGAUUUUGAGACUGUUGCUAAGGCUUUAGUGCAAACACACCCAUGCCUUAAAGAAACUGGGUCACACUCUGGCUGGAAUGGUUGGAAGAAUAGCCUUAAGUUCAAAAUGGGUAAUUAUAGAACCAAAAUGCGGCAGCUGGGUCGACUUGAUGUUACUGUCAAUGGUGGCAAGCGAAGAAGUGACACUACAAAUGGCGAUCCUGCAAACACACAGAUCAAGAAGCCAAAGAAAGGGGAAAUAAAUUUCCUGCCUGAUUUUCCAGAGGGGAUGACUGACCAAAACAUGGAAGUAGCUCGUGAGGUUCUGGUCAAUGAAAUGAUGAAGACAAAGCCAAAGGAAUCCCUGGUUAAGAAAGAGAUGGAUGUGACGUUUGCUUUUCGCAGAAAGGAGAUUGUCAAUGAGACGCCUGCCAUCAGCCAGGUGGUGCAUCGUUGGCCAGCUCUUUUUACAGAAAAUCAGGUUUAUUAUGAAUUUGGCAGAGUGGUAGGGAAAAAUCUCAGAGAGAACUUCUUGGAUGCACUUGACAAUUUGUCUCCAAGCCUCAUGGACCUCUUCAAAAAGAAGAAAGGCCUUACUGGUCAGCUUUUGGCUGAACUUUUAUACCAGACAAAGACAACUGAGCCAACAGACGUCAGAUGCCUUUGUCUUCGGGGACUGCCGGUCACCUUGGGUGAUGAUCCUUCUGCCUUCUUCAAGACCUGCUUUGACACAGCUGACAAUGACUUGUACAGGCAAACUCCAGUGGGAUUGCUUUUCAUUGGUGAAGAGAACCUUAAGCUGAACCCAUCCAAAGUGGGAAUCAUCUUGGAAGGGAAUGUGGUGAUGGAUGAUCUGGCCAACCUUCCUCAGGCCUUCUAUGUCCUUUUUGGACUGAUAUAUGCCCUGCACCUGGACUAUCCCAGAUACAUGAAAAACACUUUUUGCUUUGUUCAGCAGGUGAUGUUUAACCUGGGUAAAAGUGAGCUGCCACCAAAAAUUCAGACUCUGAAAAACCAACUUGCAGUGUAAAGAGGUGUUGUUACACUAUUUCUCCAGAUAGGAGAAAGAUUGUUUGUUCUUUUAGAAAAGGGACUUAUUUGCACUGUUAUGCACUUUUUUCUAUUUAUGUAAUUGGACUGGCACUGAUAUGUCUGGUUUUGAUUCAGAUUAACAAACCAAAAACUGAGGAAAACAGUUUGCAGUGUUAAGUGGUGUUCUUAAUUGUUGCACCUGAUACCAGGUGCCUAGUUUUAUGUCGUGCUUUUAGAAAAACAAUCUGUUGUGUAUGUUCACAAUAAAGCAUUUUACCCCUAACCGGGGUGUUUUCAACAAAUGUUUCAUCUGAUUUCUUGACCUGAAUAACUAUUUAUAAU